UAGCCAGAUAGAUAGCGUCGCCCCAAGAGCCUCUCAGUCCAGGACGGGCUCCACCCCUAACUCCAGGUCCCUCCCUCUCCCCCAAGCCAGGGUCUCCACUAGAUCUGAUGAUUUCUCUCCAGAGAAAUCUCUCUCUUUCCUCGCGAGAACAGCAAUAUGGUCUCUCCCGGAAGUUGUUUUAGCCAACCUGCUUCCUUGCCCCGGAAAUGUAAAGCCUCGGGACUCGACCAGCUGUUUGUGGAGGACGGGGUGACCUGAUUGCGGGACCGAGGGCGCCGCAAAGAUGGGCCGCGAGUUUGGGAACCUAAUCCGGAUAAGGCAUAUCAUUUCCUACAGCCUGUCCCCGUUCGAGCAGAGGGCCUUCCCCAACUACUUCUCAAAGGGCAUCCCCAACAUGAUCCGCCGGGUGCAGGACUCCAUCUUGCGGGUCGCCCCCCCAUUUAUAGGCUUUUACCUCCUCUACACCUGGGGAAACCAGGAGUUUGAGAAUUCAAAGAAGAAGAAGCCAGAUGCCUUUGAGGAAGACAAGUAAACAACCCAGAGAGAAGGUCUUGGUUCCCUGGUGGUCAGCUCUGUCACUUGGGACAUACACAGAAGAAGAGCAUAUAAGGAUAUUUUGAAGAUUUAAUAAACAACAUUUCAUGAA